CUGGCCCCUGGGGUGUCAUCCACCUUAAGGGCCUCCGGCCAGUACUGGCCCUGUGCCCUGGAACUGAUGGGCAUCCCCAGCUGCCACUGCAAUGGAGGAGAUGGUGCCUCCCCCGGUGGAAGCCUACGAAGCGGCGAUGGUGCUGAGUGGGGUGGGGGACGCGCUGGGGUACCGGGGAGCUCGUUGGGAAUACUGCACCUCAGGAUCCCAGAUCCACGCCGAGCUGGCUGAGCUGGGGGGGCUGGAGACCAUCUCCCUUGAGCCCCCCGAGUGGCCUGUCAGUGAUGACACCGUCCUCCACCUCGCCACUGCUGAGGGCCUCGCCACAGGCCUGGAGGGGGAACCCCUCCUGCAGGAGCUGGCUCGCCGCUACGUGGCCGCCAUGGGUGACAUGGAGGGUCGCAAGCCAGGGCCCACCAGCAUCCUGGGCACUUCGCAGCUGCGGCCAGGGGAGCCCGAGGGCUAUCGCAUCCCCUUCAACCCCAAAGGCACCGGCUGUGGGGCCGCUAUGCGCAGCCUGGCCAUCGGCCUCAGGUACCCACGGGCCUCGGAGCUGCCGACGCUGAUCCGAGUGAGCAUCGAGAGUGGGCGCAUGACCCACCACCAUCCCACCGGGUACCUCGGGGCGCUGGCCGUGGCCCUCUUUGGGGCACUGGGGGCUCGGGGUGAGCCCCCGGAGCGCUGGGGGGCCGAGCUGCUGCGGGUCCUGCCCCUUGCCUGGGAGUACGUGGAAAGCACUGGGGUGGCCGUUGGGGACAACGCUGCUGCCUGGCCCUUCUUCGGGGAUGCCUGGCACCGGUACCUGGAAUCCCGGGGGCUUCUGGAGGGUGGUGGCCCACCCAAGGUGCCACCCCUUCCAUCGCCGGCUGAGCGGGACGCAGUGUACCUGGGCUGGGCACUGGACGGAUGGGCAGGGCGCAGUGGUCACGACGCACCCAUGGUGGCCCUGGAGGCCCUGCUGGCUGCUGGCAGCUCCUGGGAGGACCUAUGUGCCAGGGGAGUGCUGCAUGGUGGGGACAGCGACUCCACAGGGACCAUCGCCGCAGGGUGCUGGGGGCUGCAGAGGGGGCUGAAGCCCGUUUCCCCCGGGCUGCACCGCGGCCUCGAGUACCGCGGGCGGCUGCGUGAUGCUGCCCACCGCCUCCAUGCACUGGCCUGGGGCACAAGCUGAGCCCCCCAUGUCCCCAGUGUCACCUGCUGUCCCCCUGCCGAGAAAGGCUCUGUGGGUCCUCGGGGUGCAGCAGGGACCCUCAUGGGGUGCUGGCGGGCUCAGGAGCAUCCUUGAGGAUCAGCAGGAGACCCCAGAACCCCCCCAAGGAGUUCCAGUCACUCACCUAGUAAAAAAGCAA